GAGGGUCUGCUGGAGAACAUCAGGACUCUACUGCAGCAUGGAGCGUCUCCACACAAAACCAACAGCCUGAACGAGUCCCCACUGCUGCUCGCGGUGAGACAGGGAUCAUAUGACUGGUGUCCACUCUGAUCAUUUGUGGGGCCUUCGUGGAACAGGUGUGUCUGAAGAAGUGGAUGGCCAUUCACGAGGCAGCCAAGGUGGGCUGCAGUGCCAUCCUGGUGCUUCUGCUGAGACAUGGGGCCAAGGUGACAGCUGUAGAUGGGCACAAUGUCACCCCGCUGGGCAUCGCAGCAGAGUACGCCCACGUGGAGGUCCUCGAUAUACUCAUAAAGAACGGUGGCGACGUGAACGCCCAGGCAUAUAACGGAGACACUGUUCUGUACGAUGCAGCCGGCUCAGGGAACAUGGACUGCAUAUACCUCCUCCUGCAAGCUGGAGCCAACCCUAACAUAGCCAGUCUGGCCUGCCAGCUGCCCAUACACAGAGCUGCCUAUGAGGGACACAUCCUUGCUCUGAGGACCUUCAUCCCCAUCACAACUAAGAGAGCCAUCCGUCUGUCUGGCCAGAGCCCAGUCCACUCGGCAGCAGAUGGCGGCCAUGUUGACUGUCUGAAGCUGCUCAUAGAGAAAGGCUUCGAUGUCAACGCUCAGCUGGACACACACAUCUCAGAGAACUACGGGGACAUGAGGCGGAGUCCGCUCUACUUCGCCGUAUCCAACAGUGAUCUCACCUGCACAGAGAUGCUGCUGGCUGCCGGCGCCAAAACUGACCUGGACCCGCUACGCUGCUUCCUGGUGGCUGUACGCGCUGGGAGGUAUGAGCUGGUGCGUCUGCUAUUGUCCAGGGGUGCCGAGGUCAACUGCUACUUCAGAAUGAUCAGUGACACACUGUUUCCCACCGCGUUGCAGUACUGUCUCAGAGAUCACAUGAUUCUGCGCCUGCUGCUCAACAACGGCUACGACGUAGACAAGUGCUUCAUGUGUAACCACGGUAACGGACAGGAUAUGGACUGCGACUCCUGGGUCGGCUACCAAAAUAACCAUAGAAGAACUUUAUUUUAUAACCAGGACUGCAGAGCCUCGUUCUGUGAAAUCAUCUCCCUGUCGUCGGUGGUCAACCUGGCGGGGAGUGUGGUACAGAUGCUUCUGGACUACYUCAGACACCCACGUAUCUGCCCCAACCUCCUACGGGUCCUGGAAAAACAGAAAGAGUGGCCAGACAUCUGUGGCAUUCUGGACAACCCGCGGUCCCUGCAGCACCAGUGUCGUUUGGUCAUUAGGAGACAGAUGACCCCUAGAAGACUGAAUGACCCUCAGGUCAUGGCUGCCGUCCCGUUCCCCCCGACACUCAAACACUACCUCACCUACAGGGAGUACGAUGAGUAUGGUGGGUUGGCAGCCACACACUCAUAACUGGACUAUAUCAAUGAAAACAUAUUUCGAAGAAAAAAAAGAUCCUGUUCUGUACAUAACUGAUCUAUCACAUAAUGCUUUAGCUCAUAUACUUAUGCUUAUAUGAAGUAUGGCAAGUGUACUUGUGAUGUAAUAUUUGUAAUAACUACAAUUAUUUUCACACUGAUUUAUGCUCUCUGAAUAGCCUGAAUAGUCCUUACCAUAGUACUACUACUUCUACUAGACUGCAUACAUUAGACAGCACAGCUGUGAAACAUGGUUCAGUACAUGUAGUGUGAUCUGCUCCUCAAGAUCUCCCCAUGGGAAAAGCAGUUCAGGACUAAAAAUAACUCUCUGAGAGCUCAUUCAGUUUAUACAUGGAGCUAAACACUCACUGGACACUGGUCUGAAUGACUCUGCUGCAAUGGACUGUUGACUUUUACAGUGACCCUGACAGCUACCUGACUCAUUAGACCAGGGCUUGAAUCUAGAGAGAUCUAGAUCUAGACAUCCAUAUUAUACCCUCAAGGUUCUGUGAGUUAGUUGUGGAGCUCUGGAUCUGAGACUGUGUUGUCACUAGCCCUGUUUAUACCUGGUGCUAACAUGGAUUCUUUGUCCUGAUCUUGUCCACAUUCUGAUUGUGCCCACAUUUUUAGACAGGUGUAGACGAUUAAAAGACGCAUUGUGAUCUGAUUGUGAUCAGAUUUCCCUGACAACCUCCAGACGUAGUCAGGCGUUCAAGUGUAGACAGAUCUGGACAGUGAAACCAUUUAAAUCAUCAUUAUCCCGCCCUCUAUCCUUGACAAGUGACUUAAGGCGUCAAUAUGAGUCUUAAAAUAAGUAAAUACAUAUUAUUUUGAAAGAAUGUCUGAAAAUGUGAAUGUUGACAAGAUCAGGACAGGAUGCAUGUUUGCACCAGGUAUAAACAAGGCUACUGAGGCCUGUUGGGUGUCCUACAAAGCAGAAUCAAUGAGUUAGCCAGCUAACUUGGAUAAACAACCAGAAAUAACUAUACCUUUUCUGGUUUAUUAUGAAAGCUUAACUUAGAUACUGUGUGUGUUUUUGGAAGUUGAAUCAAUUAGACCAUUCCAAGCUUAUCUUUCUAAAACAAAUAAGAAGUUACUUCCGAAUAUUUAGGAGUUAACUGGCUAACUCAAUGAUCCUGCUUUGUAGUGCAACCCUCAGCUCAACUCUCCCUGGCACACAGAGAGGGUAUGAGCCAGAUCUCCUAACAUUCCCCAAAUACAUGUUAGGAUUUUGGCCGUUUUCCCAAAGUCGAGUAACCCUAAAAUACUAUUUGGUGGUAAUGUUACAAUCAGCAUCCACACACAUGACUAUAAGUCCUAUGCCGUGCCUGGUAUCCUCCACUCCAACCAAGCCUUUACAGUAGCUGAACAAUUGCUGUAUUCAGAAAUCAUAUAGUUUAUUUAACUACACAAGUCAGUUAAGGACAAAUUAUUUUUUUCAAUGAUGGCCUAGGAACAGUGACUAAACUGACUUAACUG